AAACCCCGCCCAUUUCUACAAUUUCUCAUUUUAAACUGUGAUUUUGAAUCUAGCCUUAACCCUAAACCAAACUGCUAACAUUAUGCCUAACCUUAAAUUAAGACCGAAAAUCUAUUUGUAUGCAUUUUUACGUUAUUGACUUUGUGGUUACUAGAGGAAAKCUUCGGUAUCUUUCAAAAACAAGAUUUUUUAUGUCAUUCGAGAUAAUAAAUGCUCACUUUAAGGCACAUAGUGACUACGGCCUGGUUUCGAGAGAAUAAUUCAUUAAUAUAGUUUGGGACUAUGAUAUAGUUUGCAUCGGCACAAUUGGGCAGACAAAUAUUAUGAAGAUAGAGGUGGCGUAUUUCAGCUAAAGCUUGGCAGUGAAACMACUUUUUAUAAAAAUGGCGCCGACCAAUGCAACCUGUCCCAUAGUAUAGUAAACUCACAUGUAACGUGGUUUAUUUGUUGCUACAUUUAUCGAGCAGGCUUUUCACCAAACAGCAAUGUUUGUCGCUCGAAGUAUUGCAGCGGACCACAAGGAUCUUAUUCAUGAUGUUUCAUAUGAUUUCCAUGGCCGGAGAAUGGCAACUUGCUCUAGUGACCAAAGUGUCAAGGUGUGGGACAAGAGUGACAACGGAGAGUGGAACUGCACUGCCAGUUGGAAGACCCAUAGUGGAUCAGUAUGGAGGGUGACCUGGGCCCAUCCUGAGUUUGGUCAGGUGCUGGCCUCCUGCUCCUUCGACCGGACCGCUGCUGUGUGGAGGAGAUAGUUGGGGAGUCCAAUGACAAACAAGAGAGGACUCAGU